AUGAUCUACGCCAGUUGUGGGCAUCAGCUCCUACCAGACAGUCUGCGCAACUUCGGUCUUCAGCUGCAGCUUGUAUCUCAAACUUAUGUGUCUCCAUCAUAUGCAGGCCCGGGCUUCGACGUGAUCGGGCUCGCGCUCUCAAUGUACCUUGAGCUACGCGUGAGCAUCGAUCGCACCCAACCUUCCGACCCAUCUAUCCCUCUCAACUGUACGGUGUCGUACACGGGCGUGGGCGCGGAAGAAAUCGACCUGCACCCGGGCAACAACCUAUUGACACGGACGGCAUUGUACGUUCUGCGCUGCCACGACCAGCACGACUUCCCGGCCCAGACCCACGUGCACAUCCACAAUCCGAUCCCGCUGGGUCGAGGCUUGGGCUCGUCGGGCGCCGCGGUGGUCGCCGGAGUCUUGCUAGGUAACGUGGUCGGGAAUCUGAAGCUGUCGAAACCGCGCCUGCUUGAUUUCUGCCUCAUGGUCGAGCGGCACCCGGACAACGUCGCCGCGGCCCUGUACGGCGGGUUCGUGGGUACGUACCUCAACGAGCUCGACCCCCUCGACAUGGCGCGCAAGGAAGUGCCGCUCUCAGAGGUCCUCCCUCAGCCCGCCGGCGGGAUUGAUACGGGACUCACCCCGCCAAUCCCUCCAGAGAACAUCGGCCACUACCGAAGGUUCAACUGGGCCAAGGAGAUCAAGGCUCUGGCCAUCAUCCCCAACUUCGAAGUCAGCACUGCGAAGGCCAGAGAGGUAUUACCCAAGAACUAUUCACGGCAGGAUAUGAUCUUCAACCUGCAACGCCUUGCACUCUUGACCACCGUCCUCUCCGACUCUCCACCUGAUCCGGAGCUCAUCUACAGCGCGAUGCAAGACAAAAUCCACCAACCCUACCGCAAAACACUGAUCCCCGCCUUGCCCGCCAUUUUAUCCUCAAUGUCGCCGAAGACGCACAAAGGCCUUCUGGGAAUAUGUCUCUCGGGCGCUGGUCCGACGAUAUUGGCCCUGGCCACCGAGAACUUCGACGCCAUUGCUCGUGUGAUUGUCCAGAAAUUCAACGACGAAGGCAUCAGCUGUGAGUGGAAGAUUCUAGAGCCUGCCGAGGACGGUGCAACAGUCGAGGAAGUCUCGGGUGAUGUACCGACAUAUGUACAAGGUGUUAAGCAGAGGUGA